AUGAAAUUAGACACAUCUCAUAUGCGGUAUUUGACCGCAGAUGAUUUCAAAGUAUUGCAAGCUGUGGAACAAGGGUCUAGAAACCAUGAAGUUGUACCAACUCAACUUAUACACAAUAUAUCUGGUAUGCGCUCCGCAAGUGGUACCAACAGAUCAAUCAGUGAUCUUGCAAAAUUAAGUUUAGUCUCGAAAUUGAGAAAUUCAAAAUAUGAUGGUUAUAGAUUAACAUACAACGGAUAUGACUAUCUGGCAUUAAAGUCUAUGUUAAAUAGAGACACUUUAUACUCCGUUGGAACUACUAUCGGUGUCGGAAAGGAAUCUGACAUUUAUCAAGUGAGUGACCGCUCAGGUGAAUCCAAAGUUUUGAAAAUUCACAGGCUUGGUAGAACGUCCUUUCAUACCAUUAAGAAUAACAGAGAUUAUUUAAGGAAUGGACAAAGUGCAUCAUGGAUGCAUCUAUCUAAACUAGCUGCAAAUAAGGAAUAUCAGUUUAUGACAAUGUUGUACGAUAGAAAUUUCGAAGUUCCGCAACCUUUUGACAACUCAAGACAUUGUGUCUUAAUGGAGCACAUCAGAGGAUAUCCCAUGAGAAGAUUAGGAAAACAUAAAAAUUUGCCAAAAUUAUAUUCAGACUUGAUGUGUUUCAUAGUGAAGUUAGCGAACCAUGGUCUAAUUCAUUGUGAUUUCAAUGAAUUCAAUAUUAUGAUUAAGGAUGAGCCUGAAGGUGAAGAUGAUCCGGGCUACGUUGUAAUUGAUUUUCCUCAGUGUAUCUCCAUUCAACAUCAGGAUGCGGCCUAUUACUUUAAGAGAGAUGUUGACUGUAUAAGAAGAUUUUUCAAGAAGAAGUUGAAGUAUGAACCUCAAGAAGACGCUACAUUUUUAGAUACGGACGGUUUUGGUGAUGGUUUCAAAUACCCGCACCCAGUAUUCGAAAGAGAUAUAGAAAGAUGUGAUAAUCUUGAUGAAUUGGUUAAGGCAUCAGGUUUUACCAAAAAGCACCCUGGCGACCGGGAUCUCGAAUUAGCUGUGCAAAGCAUGAGAGACGAGGAAUAUACCAAAGAACGUCAAAAUGAAGACGACAGCGAUUAUGAAGUGCAGAAUGAGUCAGAUUAUUCAGCUUAUUCAGAUUCUUCCGAUAUUUCUGAUGAUGAACUAUCCGAUUCAGAAAGCGAAGGCGACGAAGAAAAUGAACGUAUUAUAGAGGCUAUUUCCAAUGGUGUAAGUAACUUGAAGAUUGACAGUUUAGGUAACUAUAUACUUGAGGAAUAA